AGGUUAGAUCAAAAACGAGGACCGAAUUUAACGUUUCCUGCGGAUGAACAGCAACGAAUUCAAGAAUUAGGCUAAAAUAUAUUGAAACGCUAGAAGGUGGAGGUAGUUUGUAAUCAUGGCGGAUCCGCUGAGUCUGCUCCGGCAAUACAAUGUUAACAAAAAGGAGAUAAUCGAACGUGAAAAUCAAAUAAUUUUCGGGGAAUUCUCCUGGCCAAAGAAUGUGAAGACCAAUUAUUUAACAUACGGAUCUGGCAAGGAAGGAACGCCAAAGGAAUAUUAUACACUCGAGUGCCUAUUGUUUUUGCUUAAACAUGUGCAACUUACACAUCCUGUGUACGUACGGCAGGCAGCUGCAGAGAAUAUCCCAGUUGUACGGCGACCCGACAGGAAAGAUUUACUGGCCUAUCUCAAUGGUGAAACAGCCACAUCAGCCGCCAUAGACAAAUCUGCACCUUUAGAAAUUCCCACGCAAGUAAAACGGGCUGCUGAAGAUGGCCUGGAGAGUGGAUCCUCGAAGAAACCCAGGUUUGAGGACAUGCAUGUCCAAAAGGUUAAGGAGCAACUUGCAGCUAGGUUGGAUGCUCCCAAGGAAGCUUCUGUCACGGUGGACAAUAUCAAAUCGCUGUCAGAGGCAAUGUCGGUCGAAAAGAUAGCUGCAAUCAAGGCUAAACGUUUAGCUAAGAAGCGUACUACUAUUAAAGAAAAUGACGAUAUUGGGAUGGGAUCCGACUUACGAGUAAUAUUGAUGGACGUCGAUGACACCAAGGAUAUAGUUUCUAGAGAAAGACAGUGGAGAACACGUGCAACUAUUCUGCAAAGUAGUGGAAAAAUAUUUGCAAAGAAUAUAUUUGCAAUACUUCAAAGUAUUAAAGCCCGCGAGGAAGGCAGACAGAAAGGUCCCGCGGUUCCCACGCCAAUGGUUACCCCGCGUUCCACGCCUAUGCGCCCAUUACCUCAGCCAGCCGUUUACAAUCGUUACGAUCAAGAAAGGUUUAUCAAACAAAAGGAAGAAACGGAAGGAUUUAAAAUCGAUACGAUGGGUACUUAUCACGGCAUGACUCUAAAAUCUGUAACGGAGGGUACCAAUCCAGCGGUUAGAAAACCACCGACCAAUCCUUUGACCACUCCCAGUUCCGGUUUGUUGCCCACUUCCGCCGCGAAACUCACUCCUCAACAGGCCGCUCAAAACAAACGACCCAGUAGAACGCCCAUUAUCAUCAUUCCGAGCGCGAAUACAUCACUGAUAACGAUGUAUAACGCGAAAGACAUACUUCAGGAUCUGAAGUACCUCACCAACGAGGAGAAGCGUGCAAUAGGUAGCAAACGGGAGAACGAAGUCCUUCUGCAACGUCGUAAAGAUGGCGGGCUCACAGUUCCAUACAGGGUAGUGGAUAAUCCACAGAAACUCACGAACGCGGACUGGGAAAGGGUAGUCGCGGUAUUCGUGAUGGGUCCAGCCUGGCAGUUCAAAGGCUGGCCUUUCGAUGGAAACCCCGUUGAAAUCUUUUCAAAAAUUUGCGCUUUUCACUUAAAGUACGACGAAAUGAGGCUAGACGCGAACGUAGCGCGUUGGGCGGUGACGGUGAUCGAAUUGAGUCGAACGAAAAGGCACUUAGAUCGAGCUGCGUUAAUGGUAUUCUGGGAACAUCUCGACAAGCACAUGAUCAAGAACAAGCCACAUCUUCGAUUUUAAAUUGGAUGUCGUUGAAAAUGGCGGCGAGCAUUGUGCGAGGGACGCACGAUUUCGCUAAAAAGUAACAGAAAAUAUACAUACAAUCGAGGAAACUACCAUCUGUGUACAUAUCUCUUUGCGAGGAGUGAAAGCAUAUCGCGCGCGUCCCGAUUGCACCCGACGAAGACUAUUUUUUUGUGCGUUACUUUCAACGCAAAAGGCGUACCCAAGACGAUAGCGACGUACAUCGAAUCUAGUUUACACUUGUAAACGUUACUAAUCUUUCGAUUCGUUUUCACGCAUUAUCCUGAAUUGCAAGAUUAAUAGUUUUACAUAACGUUUACACAGUGGAUAGAUCAGAUAGAAUAAUUAAUAGUAACAAUAUUGGUUAUUCUAGCGCAAAACUGAUUAACGAGAUAACCAUUUAUUCUUAAAGAUGGUAUAAAGAAUGCGAUGUUUGGUAUAUUCGUAUCGUAUACGUACCAAAAAAUAAAUAAAUUCUAUUCACGUUCUGUGAAACGUUUAUUA